AUGCAUUCAGGAGGUGGUUGUCUUUCCCCACCCAGGUUACACUUUGCUGAACUUGCUGAUGAGUAUAAAGAGAAGAAUUCCUUUCCUCUUGGUUCAACUGUGAAAUACAUCUGUCGUCCAGGCUACACCAGACAGCUACCAAAGAUCUCUCAAACAUGCCUUCAGAAUCAGAAAUGGACAGAAGUUGAGGAAUUUUGCAAGAAAAAAUCAUGCGGACAUCCUGGAGAACCAGACAAUGGUCGACUGCAUGUAUCAGGAGAUUUUCUCUUAGGUGCCACUGUAAAUUUUACCUGUGAUGAAGGGCAUAGGUUAAUUGGACAUUCUUCCAGAAGAUGUGUAAUAUCUGGCAAAAAAGUAGAAUGGAGUGGUGCUGUACCUUUUUGUGACCAUGCUCAUUGUCCACCUCCUCAUGUAGAGAAUGGAAGGAUAGUCUUUGGUAAAUCUGACACCUAUAAAUAUAGCCAACAAGUUACUAUUGUCUGCAGUGUUGGUUACAAGAUAUCUGGCUCAAGAGAGAUUCAGUGCCAAGUGGAUGGCACAUGGGAUCAACCUAUACCUACCUGUGAACAGGAGACUCGUUGUCCACAUCCUCAUGUAGUGAAUGGAAGGAUAAUUGCUGGUGAAUCUGACACCUAUACUUAUAACCAAAUAGUAACAAUUGACUGCACUGUUGGCCACAAGAUAUCUGGCUCAAGAGAGAUCCAUUGCCAAGCAGAUGGCACCUGGGAACCUCCUCUACCUACUUGUCAACAGGGCAAGUAUAUCUGA